GUGUGGGAAAAUCUUCGCUUGUUCACCUCUUGUGCCAAAACGAGGUGUUGGGAAACCCGUCCUGGACCGUGGGCUGCUCAGUGGAUGUUCGAAUCCACGACUACAAAGAAGGAACUCCAGAAGAGAAGACCUACUACAUUGAACUGUGGGAUGUCGGAGGUUCGGUGGGUAGUGCCACUAGCGUGAAAAGCACACGAGCAGUGUUUUAUAACUUGCUGAACGGGAUAAUUUUGGUGCAUGACUUAACCAAUAAGAAAUCAUCUCAGAAUUUAUAUCGCUGGUCUUUGGAAGCACUCAACAGAGAUGUCACUCCAACAGGAGUUCUUGUUACAAAUGGUGACUAUGACCGUGAACAGUUUGCUGAUAACCAGAUUCCACUGCUGGUAAUAGGAACUAAGUUGGAUCAGAUCCCAGAAGCUAAGCGAAAUGAAGUUUUGACCAGAACAGCUUUCUUGGCUGAGGAUUUCAAUGCUGAAGAGAUAAAUUUGGAUUGCACCAAUCCUCGUUACCUGGCUGCAGGUUCAUCCAAUGCUGUCAAACUAAGCAGGUUUUUUGAUAAGGUCAUAGAGAAGAGAUACUUCUUAAGAGAUGGCAAUCAG